CAUUGUUUGUCUCCGGAUUGCUUCGCCUACUUCAGCGAUACGGUAGGCCAUGAGGUCUGCCGGUCGCACUCUAAAUGUGCGAUCUCUUUUGUGGCGGAGGAAAAUCAACCUCCAUACAUGAUUUGGCACCCGGAGGCCUGCUUACCUUGCUUCAAGCUUGUCAUGGUUUUGAUAAACGACCAGGCCAAGGAGGAGAGCAUUCAAGCAGCCAAGUCCACUUUGAGGCAGUGGGUCUCCGGCUACGCCCGGAACGCUCCGUCGGGAUGCCCCUACGUCCUCGAUAUCAACCUGGGGACGCGCCUUUUUCCGGGUUCUCCUUCGGCCUCAGUAUCUAAAGAUGUGGCUACCCCGAUCAUCGAGGCAAUCCGGGCCGCGAUGGCUCCACCUCCGGAGGACCAGCAUCUGUCUGGAGACGUCGCGGCGGCCAUUAACAUCCAUCUCGAACCGAUGGAUGAGCAGGUAAGUGGUGAGUUGAUUGAGGCAGGUAGUCAUAUAAGUCCUACUCCCUCUUCCUCUUCCUCUUUCUGCAGCUUUGAGAAUCCAACCUCCACUCCUUGGGACGGAUCCAGGUCAGUCCGCCCCAAGGUCAAACCCCUUGAGGCAACAAAACCAUUGCCUAAGGUAAUUAGGUCAGCUCCGCCAGCAGCGUCAGAGUUGUCACUGGCCCCAUCUGAGACCUCGCCUGCUGCCAAGGUUUCUCUCCCUACUAAGGGUCGGAGAAAUAAGUCCGCUAAAACCAAGGCGGCAGAGAUUGACAACCAAGCCUUGUCUGACAUUUUGGCGGAGCAAUUAAGGCCCCUAAAAGAGAUGAUAGCAGGCCUGCUCCACUCCAGAGCUCUGGCAGCAACGUCGACAGUUCCGGAUGCCUCAAAAUUGCCGCCUUUCGAUAAGAAUAAUCCUUGGCGGUUCGCCCUCCAUGCUCCAUAUAGGGAUGGCAAACUAACCUUUGAAGGUUUGGGCACUCGACCCCUGGAGGACUUCGAGUUCUACCCAGAAAACCUUCAAUUCCCCUUCAAUGGCUUCGUCCGGCUGACAGAGAAUGCGUUAGUCCGGGUUGACAAGGUUCCAAAGGAAACUGUUAUUUUUCCUAAGGAGCAAGCCCAAGCUGUCUGGGCUCGUACUCUGGCGGAGUGGGACUGCGUUAAUACCAGAUUAACACCUCAUAAGGGGUCGUUCACAAUAUUUACGACUCCCAAAGAAGUCCCAACUCCUUUCACGGAUAAGAUUACAGAGCUAACGCUCCAAGCAAUCUCUGAAGAGAAGCCCAUGCCGAUAUUGAAGGAAACGGAAGCUACCUCCCUCCUUAUGCCUGCCACCAGAGAGUUUUGGCAUGAUGCUCCGUCCACCUUCACGGUCGGUAAGCUAGACUCGGACUGCGCCUCAACCUUGUUCUCGGACAAACUUCCUAAACUGCCCGAGAACUUACUAAAGACAGAGUUUGAGACGAAAACUAGACUGGCUAGGUCUAUCAAUGCAGUGACUUCACUGGAGUUGGUAGCAUCCAUGUACAAGGAUGAGCAGCUCUUCCAGGUUCUGACAAAAAGUCUACUUCAGACUUUUCAGUCAGACCUGUUUGAAUUCGCUGCGGCCAGAAGAGUUUGCAGAAAGUAUGUGUUGGCAGAGGCAUCUAUUAGGCAUGAGCCUAAUAGAUUAAUCAAAUCCUCCAUCUGGGGUAAGAAUCUCUUUCCCCAAGAAGAGGUGGACAAUGUACUUAAGGCGGCUUCUAGUACCAACCAGAGCCUCCGAGUGCGUUGGGGUUUGCCUUCCAAGCGCAAAUUUAAGACUUCAGGCAAACGACCUAAGUCCAAAAAGAAACAAAGGUACUUUGCACCUUACAAGGUUCCUCAACCCCAACAGCUGUCUCAACCAAUUCCUCUGACGCAGAUGUCAAAACCAUCGACAUCAAAAGCACAACCACAGCAGCAGUUUGUGCUACUGCAAGCCCCUCAUGGCCCUCAGGCCGCUGCCACAACAGCCUGGAUGGCCUCCCCUGCCUUUAACCCCGUCGUAUAUGAAGCCGGUGGCUCUUUUCGGGGAUACAAUAGGCAAUCCGCUAGAGGUAGAGCCAGAGGCCAGUCCCGUUAAGCGGAUCAAGAGGAAGGGGCUUCCGGGGAGGCAGAGGAUAUAAGCCAGCACCAAACCAGUGAGAUCUGUCAGGUAGGAGGGAGACUGUACUGGUUCAGAGAUCAUUGGAGCUUCAGCCCUUGGGCCCACAGCAUCAUUUCCAAGGGUCUGGGGUGGAGGUGGAAAAAGGGGUCACCACCUCUUCCAGUGAACUUCUUCCAGACACCAACAACAGAUCUGGAGGAGUACACCAAAGAUCUCUUACAGAAGAAAGCUAUAAAAAGAGUCAAAAGCUUGAAAUUUCAGGGACGACUGUUCACUGUACCAAAGAAGAAUUGAACCAAAAGGAGAGUCAUACUGGACUUGUCCAAACUCAAUUCUUACAUUCUUUGCGACAAGUUCCGUAUGCUAACAGUCUCGUAGGUGCGGACCUUACUUCCCCGUGGGGCCGUCACCACCUCUAUAGAUCUUACAGAUGCCUAUUAUCAUGUUCCGAUAGCAAGAAAUUCUCUCCUUACCUAGGCUUCCGUCUAGGCAACAAGCCGUAUGCAUUCAGAGUAAUGCCAUUCGGUCUCAAUAUAGCACCCAGAAUAUUUACAAAACUAGUAGUACAGGAGCUCAGGAACCAAUGUAUAAUGCUGGCAGCCUACUUAGACGACUGGCUCAUUUGGGUGACCACAGUCGACGAAUGUCGCAAAGCGACAGCCAAAGUCAUCAAAUUCUUGGAACAUCUGGGAUUCCAGUUGAAUAUAGCAAAAGCGAGGCUAGAACCAGCUUCCCAAUUCCAGUGGCUAGGAAUACAAUGGGACCUGAAGCAUCACAAGCUUUCUCUUCUGCCCAAGAAGGCCAAGGAGACAGCUGUAGCUACGAAACAAUUCACCAGGAACAAGAAGGCGUCUUGACGUACUCAAGAGAGAAUUCUUGGAUUACUGCAGUUUGCAUCAGUGACAGACGUCCUACUGAAAGCCAAUUUAAAAGACAUCAAUCGAGUUUGGAAGAAGAGAGCCAACAUUCGUCUCAGAGACAAAGUCUCAGUAAUUCCCCCUGUAUUGACAAAAAGACUCCUUCCAUGGACAAAUCCCAAGAGCCUUUCCAGGUCAGUAUCAAUGCAAUUUCCUCCUCCAAAGGUGACGAUUCAUACGGACGCGUCACUCAGUGGUUGGGGAGGAUACUCUCAACAUCAGAAGACUCAAGGCAAAUGGUCAAGAAAUCUCAGACAGUUCCACAUAAACGUGCUGGAAGCAAUGGCAGUUUUUCUGACAUUGAGAAAAUUGUCUCCACCCAAGAACAACCAUGUGAGGAUAGUCUCGGACAGCCUGGUGGUAGUCCAUUGU